CGUGUAUGGAGUCAUCGCAUGACUCAGCAGUGUUUAUAGCAACGCACUUCAGGCACGACUACACGAUCACGCACACACACGCAGUUUUUAUCAGGUGAUUGUUAUUCUGUCAGCUAUCAGGACUCCCUCUCUAUGUCUCUCUCUCUCUCUGUGUGUGUCUCUCUCUCUCCCCAAAUAUGACUCUGUUUCCCCGCACUGGAACCACAUGCCUGCUUAGACUGGUGAAUCUUGCAAGAGCAGAGAAUUAAAGCAAUUCUACUGGUCAGUUUCUAAUGCAAAUUCUUCAGUCAAACUUCACCCUAAUUGUGACUCUGUGUCUGUGUGUGCUUGUGAGCAGACCUUGAACAAAGAGCCCUGCUGCUGGCUGCUGCUUGAGAGGGCUGGGUUUGCUCUCCAGACUGCAAACGGGUUUUUAGACGCCGACAGGACCAGGUUUGGACAUAAGGCAGCGGGCACGUGACCGACCACGGCCAGAGCUUAAGAAGGGAUUCCCAAUCCAUAAAGUGUAUGCGUGUGUGCAGCUAUGGGGAAGGACUACUACAAGACCCUGGGCAUCCCCAAGGGCUCCAACGAGGAGGAGAUCAAAAAGGCCUACCGGCGCAUGGCACUGCGCUUCCACCCUGACAAGAACAAAGAUGCAAAUGCUGAGGAGAAGUUCAAGGAGAUUGCGGAGGCCUAUGAGGUACUCAGCGACCCCAAGAAGAGGGUCGUCUACGAUCAGCUAGGAGAGGAAGGUUUGAAGACAGGAGGCAGCAGCUCUUCAGGUGCCCCUGGCAGCUCAACAUACCACUACACCUUCCAUGGAGACCCCCACGCCACUUUCGCCUCCUUUUUUGGUGGCUCCAACCCCUUCGACAUGUUUUUUGGCUCCAACCGCAGCCACAGCCGCUCCAAUGGUUUCUCGUUCCACAACGACCACGACACAGAGCAGGACAUGGAUGUAGAUGAGGAUGACCCCUUCGCUCAUUUUGGGAGACAGUUUGGCUUUCCAGGGGGGAUGAACAACGGCUUCCCAGGGGAGGGCCGCAGGAGGAGGGGGGCGCCGUCAGAGCGCCUGGGCACUGGGCGAAAGCAACAGGACCCUCCAGUGGUCCACGAGCUGAAGGUCUCACUGGAGGAGAUCUUCCACGGCUGUACCAAGCGCAUGAAGAUCACCCGCCGCAGGUUGAACCCGGAUGGGCGGAGCAUGAGGACAGAGGACAAGAUCCUCAACAUAGUCAUCAAGAAGGGCUGGAAGGAGGGAACCAAGAUCACCUUCCCAAAGGAAGGGGACGAGACCCCUGAGAACAUUCCUGCCGACAUAGCCUUUGUGCUUAAAGACAAAGGGCACCCCCACUUCAAGAGAGACGGUUCCAAUAUAAUUUAUAACUGCAAGAUCAGUCUAAAAGAGGCAUUGUGUGGCUGCACAGUUAGCAUUCCCACUCUGGAAAACCGCAUCAUAUCGCUCCCCUGUCAUGACAUCAUCAAGCCAGGGACGGUGAAGCGACUCAGAGGGGAAGGCCUGCCUUUUCCCAAGAACCCGUCACAGCGCGGUGACCUUAUUGUGGACUUUUCUGUCCGUUUUCCUGACAGGAUCCCCCCUCAGUCCAGAGAGAUUAUCAGACAACACCUCCCCCAGUCAUAGGAAGAUUCCCUUUGAACCCCUCCACCACCGCACACUCCUGACUAAAUGGCCGAAACCCAGAAAACCAACCAUUAAUACUGCUUCUCCCAUAUUUUGACCCUCAUUGUAGUUUCCACUUCCAGUCGCCAUGUCCUGUGUUAAUACACGCAGCAUUAAACAGACGCCAUUGUUUGUAGGGACUUUGCAGUGGGAGGAUGAGGGAAGAAUUCCAAGAUAAAUGGCAGUAUCAGGAUGUAAUUAUUUGUGUUUGUUUUGUCUUUUGGCCCAAGCACGCACACAAGCACCCGAGCAGUGGAGCGGUGCUGCGGAUGGGCUCAGCACAAUCGUGGCUUUUACCGGAUCGUCUUUUCUUAACUCUGUUUUUUACGGAUUUAUCAGUGGUUUUAUAUGCUGUCCAACUCUCUGAUCCUUGUAUUUUUGUGAUAGGAUGAAGCGUGAGAUAUUUUUUAAAAGAAACAUUUUUUGUAGGAUUUUCUUUUUUUUUCAAAGAAGGUUUCAAAUAGGAUUAUUUAUUUUAACCUUGAGUGUACCAGCAGCUUCAGUGUGUUCAUUGCAAACCCCGGUUUUAACAUAAUUCCCCCCGCUACCUGCUCUUCUCUUGUUUUCAGUCUCAUAAAGCAUUGUGCUUAAAGUCUAGGCCGUUUACUGUUUGGUAAGAUCUGUCUCCCCUAAAAUCAGUUGUAUUCUGAUGCGUGCACAUUGUCAAAGCGCACUAAAAGUCCUGCAUUUCUCCAAAUAAUAAUAGCAUAUCUCAGCAGCAUUGGAAAAUCUGGGAAUGACAAUCACAUACUGUAACAGCAGUGUAAGCUUGGAUAAUACAAUCUGCACAAUAUAUGGGUGCUUUCCCUGCAGAGCUGCAUGGCUGCUCUGAAAUGAAUAGCCUGGCUCACUAUCUGAGGGACAUGUAGGUGCCUUAGCCCGGUGUCAUACCACAUACGUGAACAUGCACACACAAACAGGUCAUACUGUAAUACAACUAGCCAUGUUAAGUGCACAACAGACAAUGCCCUAUGCUGUGUCAGACAUUACCACUGGGAGCUGGUGAUGUUGGAAUACAGUUAAGUAAGCAAUGUAAAGUCAAUCACCAUAUUGUACUGUAUGUAAGUAAGGACAUUUUUAGGGAGAGAUUUGAUACAAAACUUUGCCAAUGUUUCCCUGUAAAGUGCCGUACAAGUGCAGGUUGGAUUUCCCAGAGGAAUGUAAGCACUAGAUUAAUCUGAAGUUCAUAGUAAAUAGUUGAGUUUUCUCUGGGAAACCCAGCUUUGUUGUGUAUAUUCUGCUUUCUCUUGUGCCAUUUGAAGGCAAUGUCUCGGUGCUACUAUGAGCAGUGCCAAAAACAGACAACCCUCGGGGUCUACUUUUUGGUUUACAUGGAGUCCACAGUUUGUGAUUUGAUAUCUGCUUCUUUCCUCAGUAACAUCUGUACAUUGAACUUUACAUCUGAUUUUUUUCAAGUAGAAAACCCUGUUUAGGAAACAGGUUUUGUAAUAUUGCUGCAGCUGUUUUGUCUCAGCUGCAGGGGGCUCUGAAAACUCUGUUCAGCUCCUCCUGUAGAUUUGCAGCAAUGAUGAGAUGUACUGUAUGAGUAUGGUUUCUGCAGACAGUCAUAUAUAUCAUAUGUAAGGGGAAAUGUUUGAAUGCAAAAUGUUGAUAAAUGCACUUUUAUGUAAUAAAAGAUACUGACAAAACUAUGAAAGGAUGGGGGAGACUUGAAUGACUUGUCUGAGUGUGUGAGCGCGUCCUGCCUCUCAGAGCCUCUGGGGACGCUGGACUGUGGCUAUAACCAGAAUGCACAUGUGCUGCUGAAAGACUGUCACUGCUUGUGUGCAUUUGACAAUAUUUAUGAUCUUUUCGAAAUGGCAACAAAUAAACCAAAUGUGUGAACUUAA